AUGCUGCAUUUGCGCGUUUCCAACAAUGCAUCCAGCCAGGGACAAGAUCAUUCGCAAUCGCAAUUAAAUAAACCCGCUAUUCCGCAAGGUCAGCCACCAAUCGCACCAGCUUUAGACAAUACCUCCACAUCUCAAUCGCAAGUUUUCGCUACCACCCCCACUGCCACCGCUUCGAUCGAAUCUGGUAUCGUUCUCCUCUCGACUGCUGUCAUUAAGAUAGAAGACAACAAUGGAAACAUUCAGUUUGCGAGGGCACUGCUGGAUUGUUGCUCUGAACGCAACUUACUCAGCGAACGCUUGGCACAGAGACUAGAUCUGCAACGGCAGCACGAUCACCUAGCAUUCCAAGGCGUUGGACCUAGUGCUGCAACAUCAAAACAAUCGACGAUGGCUACAAUCCGUUCACGUUUUACGGAAUAUACUGUCGAUCUCAAGUUCCACAUAUUACCAGAAUUCAAGCCCAUCAUACCUUCAAGCCAGUUGCACACAAGUAACUGGAAUAUUCCAUCUUUUGUUCAACUCGCCGAUCCUCGCUUCUUCGAGCCCAACCAAAUAGACAUCAUCAUUGGAGCUGAAGUUUACUAUCGCCUGCUACUAACAGGAUUUGUGGAUCUUGGUCCAAAGUUUCCUCAGCUGAAAGAAACAGUCUUUGGCUGGAUAGUUUCCGGUAAAUGCGACACGACGGAGACAAAUCGCUCUGCCGUCACUCUCAUCUGCACCAAUGCUGAUUUGGAAAGGCAGCUUGCUCGUUUUUGGGAGGUAGAGUCAUGUCACUCGAACGAAUCCCUCUCAGUAGAAGAGCGGAAAUGCGAAACUCACUUUGCAGCAAAUACGACUCGCGAUCCUUCAGGACGGUUUGUAGUUUCGCUUCCUAAGAAGCUUGAUGUUCUCGAUAAACUUGGAGAGUCUCGAAGCAUCGCUAUUCGGCGUUUCAUGUCACUAGAACGCCGCCUUCAUUCGAACCCGCCGCUGAAGGAAGACUACAAGGCGUUCAUUCAGGAAUACCUUCAACUAGGACAUAUGGCUCUGAUUAACCCUAGCAACGAAAUCUUGCCACCUGGCAAGAAAACAUACUACAUGCCGCAUCACUGCAUCGUUCGCCCGGACAGUGUUACAACGAAACUUCGCGUCGUAUUCGACGCAUCUUGCGCCACCGAGAGCGGCGUCUCGCUAAACGAUGCUUUAAUGGUGGGUCCCGUCGUUCAAGACGAGCUGUACAGCAUUCUCCUACGCUUUCGAAUCCCUCGUUUUGUCAUCGUUGCCAAUUUGCAAAAAAUGUAUAGGCAAGUGUUGGUGCAUCCAUCGGAUCAUAUGUUGCAACGCAUCGUUUUUCGUUCCUCGAUAGUAGAUCCUAUUGAAACCUAUGAGUUACAGACGAUCACUUAUGGUACUGCGGCUGCACCGUACCUUGCGACCCGUUGUCUUCAGCAACUUGCAUCUGACGGUGAAUUGACUCACCCAGUAGCCUCCAAAGUGCUAUCCAAAAGUUUCUACAUCGACGACCUGCUGUCCGGGGUGGAAUCAGAGGAAGAAGGAAACGAAAUGUGCCGACAAUUGAUCGAUCUCCUGCAGUCGGCUGGAUUUAAGCUGCACAAGUGGGCAUCCAACAGCCCCAAAAUUCUUCAAAACAUCCCUGUCGACCUCCGUGAACAUCGAAAUCUUCUUGAACUUGAUUCGUCAUCAUCGUCAGUAAAAACUCUGGGAUUAUUGUGGCAGCCAGCCGAGGACGCUUUUCGGUUCAAGAUUCCGGUUUGGUCUUACGACGCUACGAUUACCAAACGUUUAGUUCUAUCAGAAGCGGCGCGCUUGUUCGAUCCUUUGGGACUACUGGGUCCUAUCGUUCUACGGGCCAAGCUUUUCAUGCAGGAGUUAUGGAAGGCAAAGGUAUCCUGGGACGCUCCACUGACCGAAAAUCAACAACAAUGUUGGAGAGAAUUUCGUAGUGAUCUCGAUAUACUUGAUUUGUUCACCGCUCCACGGUGGGCGGCUUCUGGAUUGGAUGGUGCCCAAGUUGAACUUCAUGGUUUUAGCGACGCUUCAGAAAGCGCAUACGGAGCUUGCAUCUACAUCAGAACCAUAUCGUCAAAUGGUAGUGUUUCGGUUCAUUUACUUACAGCGAAAUCAAAAGUGGCUCCAAAAGGCACCGAGAAACUUACUCCUACUGCUGUACGCUUGCCUCGCCUGGAACUCUGCGGAGCGCUUCUUUUAAGCCACCUGUUCGAAAAGGUGGAAAGCAGUUUGCAAAUUCAAGGUCGUCCAUUCUUUUGGACAGAUUCCACGAUUGUCGUUCAUUGGUUAGCAGCUUCACCUGCUCGCUGGAAGAAGUUUGUUGGAAAUCGAGUAGCGGAAAUCCAGCAAAUCACGGCUGCCGGAGUUUGGAGACAUGUACCAGGUAUUGAAAAUCCGGCGGACGUCAGCAAAGGAGCUCGUUGA